AAAUCUAUUUUAACCCUCAUCAUGGCGGCAUCUCAGCUCUGCUCCAAGCUUUUUCAAAAGAGUUGUGCUAUAUCUGAAGCGACCAGCAAGCAAUCAGCAACAAUACUAUUUCUACAUGGGCUUGGAGACACAGGUCAUGGCUGGUGUCAGCUAAUAGGUGAAAUCAAGCAACCAUACAUGUCCUUGAUCUGCCCUACAGCUCCAGUCAUGCCUGUCACCUUGAACAGUGGAAUGAGGAUGCCAAGCUGGUUUGAUUUGUACAGUCUGGAUAAGGAGGGACGGCAAGACGAAGAAGGCAUAAGAGCAGCUGCUAAAAAUGUUCAUGAUGCUAUUGAAGAGAUUGAGAAAGGAGGCACACCCACCAACAGGAUACUGUUAGGUGGGUUUUCUCAAGGAGGUUCGCUGGCUGCUUUUGCUGGACUCACCUACCCUAAACCUUUAGCUGGUCUUCUCUUACUAAGCUGCUGGGUACCACUUCAUGACUCACUGAUGAAUGAGUCAAAUGAUGUCAAUAAAGUCAUACCCAUUCUGCAGUGUCAUGGUGAUUCUGAUAUGAUGGUUAAAUAUUUGUAUGGUCAGAAAUCAGCCGAACUACUAAGUUCACUUAAUCCUAGCAACCACACCUUUAAAACUUACAAUGGAUUGGGGCAUAGUUCUGAUCCCAGAGAGAUGAGAGAUAUUGAGGUGUGGCUUGGUAAGCUCCUCCCACCUGUGGGUGGUGCCAUGUAGAAAUUUGAGAACACUAGUUGCUAAAUUUAAUUUCUUUAUUAUAAUAAUUAACUAUAAUAACUAUAAUAAUACAAUGUUUUUGCUUUAAAAAAUCAUUUGAAUAGU